AUGAUAACUUUCUCUUUUUUAACUGCCCAACCGGAUACAACUGUCGAAGAUAUGAACGUAUUAACAAAUUGUACUGAAAAUAUAUGUUUAAUGAAUAAUUCAUGUUUUAUGAAUGAUUAUAAUGUAUCAAAAUGUAAAUGUCCACCAUGUUUCAAUGGAUUAGAAUGUGAACAAAAUGAUGAUAUAACGUCCAUAUCACCAUUUUUAGCUUUAUCGCAGGAUAGUCCGAAUAGAAAAUUACUUUAUCUGAUUUUAAUGCAUUUGCUUAUGUUUACAGCUAUCAUAAACAAUUUGUUGUGUGUACAAACAUUUCUAUGUCAAAAAAUUCGUUUAACUAACUGUGGUAUCUAUUUAAUAUUUCUUUCUCUGCUAUGUUUUGUAUGUUGUAUUCUCAUAGAAAUAAUUCUUAUAAAAGAAAUAACAUUAUCCAUUUAUAUUAAUAUUACUGUUAUAUUGAUGACAAUUCCUGUAAUGGUUGACAUUGGAUUUUGGUUGAAUAGUUUUAUUUCAGUUGAGCGUGCAUUAAUCGAAUAUUUCAACUAUAAUCUAUUUGAUAGAAGGCUACGCUCAAUUUUAAGCACAUUUAUUCUUGUUGUCGUUAUUUUAGUAUCAUAUGGAUCAGAUAUUGUAGGAUCUAUAUUACCAAAAAUAAAUAUUAUAUCUCAAAUAUUUGAUUAUGUACAUCGAUUAGUACCAUGGCUUUUACAUAUUGUAUCGAGUUUACUAGUUUUAACUAGUAUUGCUCGACGAAAAGUUUAUAUUUCAAAUCGAAUCGAUUAUUGUCAUGCGUGGCUUGAUCAACUAUCAGAACAUCGAUACUUUUUUAUUCCACCAAUUGUAUGUAUGAGCUGUCAUAUACCGAUGAUCGUAUACACCAAAUGGGUCUAUAACUGUGCAAAUUUUGACAAAAUCAUUUCAUUACGCGUGUACAUCGGAUUGACAUUUCUCUUUGUUUUACCAUUUACAUUUACAUUUUUCAUUUAUGUUUGGCCAUCAAAUAUUUAUAUAUCAGAAUUUCGAUAUUCAUCAAUUAUAGGAAAAUGUCUUGCGGCAAUUAAAAGACAUUUUAUAAAGAAAUCAAGUGCAUGUAAGAGAGUACAUUAUCCGAUCAAAAUUAAAUUUUGA